AUGUCCUAUGUGCUGCAGAGUUACAGAGAUGGAGUCAAAACCAUCAAGUUCAAUCGACCAGAGAAAAAAAAUGCAAUGUGCCAAAGUAUGUAUGAAGAAAUUUCAAAUAUUUUGAGGAAAGAUGCCAAAGAUGACCAGAUUAUCCUGACUAUAAUAACUGGGGUUGGUGAUUAUUUUACCAGUGGUAAUGAUUUGAAAAGUUCCAUGGAAAAUGGGGAACAGGCUAUGAAAGCUGUAAAGGAUAUGAUUGAUACCUUUAUAGAGUAUCCCAAAUUAUUGAUUGCUGUUGUGAAUGGUAAAGCUAUUGGAAUAGGAGCAACUCUUCCUAUUUUAUGUGAUAUUGUUUAUGCAACAGAAAAUGCAGAAUUUGACACCCCAUUUGUCAAAAUGGGAUUAUGCGUGGAAGGUUGUUCCAGUUAUACAUACCCCCUGAUACUAGGCAGAAGCAAAGCUUCUGAGGUGUUAUAUUUGAACCAUAAAUUGACAGCCACAGAAGCUCACAGACUUGGACUAGUUUCAAAAGUAAUACCAAGGUUAGAAUUGGAGACGUUUAUCAAUGAAUUACAUCAGUACGGAACACUUCCUGUAAAUAGCCUCAUUAGAAACAAAUCUGUGGUGAUGGGCAACUUGAAAACACAACUGAAAGAAAUUUCUUCAAGAGAAUUUGAUAUGCUGAAAGAGUGUGUUAAUUCUGAAGAUUUUAUGGAUGCUGUUAUGACAUUUAUGAGUCGAAAGAGCAAACUGUAA